AAGUUAUUCCCCUCACUUUAUUCGUUUUCCCAUCCCCCCGAGUCAAGUCGAGAUGGUAGACGUCACGGUGGUUGUGUCCUGCGAACCAGUUGAACCGCUAUGUUAUGGAUAAUUGCACUCGUUUUUUGUGCUCAGACAACUGAUGCCUUACGAAUACUUUGUCAGGUGCGCUUUACCCCCCGCCCAGCACAGCACAUCUCCUUACCAUGCAAAUCCGUGAUAGAGGUCAAUGCUCGAGCCAUGAUUGCUGUCGACGACUUGCUGGCAGGGUCAACGAUGGGUAGGUUCAAUCAGAUGAUAGACACCUUGCUUCUACCAUUCACGCAUGAUCCGACACUCCUUUCCUGCGGCCCAGAUGGUUGAUGAUGGUGGACAGGCGUUCUCGCCGAUAUGUCACAUUAUCAGCCAUCUGUGGUUUUACGACUCUCUUGCUUCUUCUUUUGCUUUGCUCAGACACAUGGUAGAAUCAGUGCGGUUUGAUCAAAGUACAGAUGUCAGAAUAUCAUGGUCGGCGCUUUACUGAUACUUUUCUGGGUGCGCU